AUGUCAGUGGGUGUCUAUGGAGGUAUUGUUGUUUUAGUAAUAAGUUGCUUGCCGAGUCAAUUAAUAAAUGAUUCUAGCAGUGAAAUUGGACUUGCAUGUUACAGGAGUAACUGGUAUCAGUGGGAGCCUAAAAUUAGAUUGGCUUAUCUUUUGGUUAUGAUAAGGACAUCGAGCCCAUGUGGUUGGAAAGGCACAAAAUUUUUUGAAAAUGACGAUGCAUUCUUCGGCUAUAUUUUAUUGUAUGAAAUUACAGUUAGUAUUUUCUUCCUAACAUUUAUUUCAUUGAGUAUAGGAUCUUACAUAUUUUAUAGUUAUCUUAUCAUUAUUCGAUUUCAACAAAUAAGUAAAAAAUUUGAAACCCUGCAAUUAGAUCAACUAAACACUUACAAUUUAGAAUUGUCUGAUGAUAAAAUUCAAGUUGAUGUAAUUGCUACCAUUAAAAAACAUGACAAAUGUAUCAAUUACAGGAGUAAUUGGUAUCAGUGGGAACCAAAAGUUAGAUUAGCUUAUCUGUUAGUGAUGAUAAGAACAUCGAGCCCAUAUGAGUGGAAAGCUGGACCAAUUUUUGUCUUGAAUUUUGAAAUGGUUGCUUUUGCUUUGGUCCAAUUCAAAAAAGGAUUUGUAACGGAUGCUUUGCAGAUGGGCUUUGGUUUUUUAUCUUGUAUCAUUACUUUAGUGUUACUUUGCAUCCCGAGUCAAUUUAUUAUCGAUGUUAGUGAUAAAGUUGGUCAUGCAUGCUACUUCAAUACUAAUUGGUACGAGUGGAAACCGAAAGACAGAUUGGUUAUACGGAGGACCUUAAUGAGAACUUUAUAUCCUUGCGGUUGGAAAGCCGGUCCCAGUAUCACGUUAAACUUACGAACGGCGGCUUUUGUCAUUAAGACAGCAAUGUCAUACGUCAUGACAAUGAUAUCAAUUUACGCGUAA